AUGGAAGAAGACGCUUUCUUACCUACUGAAAAUGACAGGCUCAAGGCGCAAAUCAAAGAGAUGAGGACAAGAUUGGCAGCAGCAACUGUGCGAGAUAAGCAACUGAAAAAGGAAUUGAUAGAAGAGGACCUUUCCUACAUGACUGUAUCAACACUUGUGGAUCUGAUACAAGAUCCUACUAGAGUGGCUGAUUAUGAGUUUGAUACCAUGGGAAGAGAAGUAUUCGCCAAAAUGAUGUCAACGCUGGAAGCCUGCUGUCUCCGAGAAGCCAUCAGCUACCAUCGUCUUGCAGGACGCACCUUGUUCAAGUUCAAGGGCGAUCGUAGCUGUGUCCGUCUCGAGACAUUUUACGACAAAACAUACAAAGAAUCCUACUACAUCUUUUACGAAAAAGACCAAACAUACCACGCGAGUUCGAUUAGAAGCAUGCGACAAUCUUUAAUAGAACACCACACCAUACCAAACUUUAUACAUCUGAGUAGCAUUGAGAAAACACACUUGCCUGCUGAUUUCGAUACAUUCAUUCGUAUUGUGCACGAUCAACUUCAAGCUUAUGUCACCAAGCGUGAAAUCUUAAAAGAGGUGGGUCAACUCAAGAAAACGCACGCCAUAACGAUCAAGUAUCAAAGCGAAUCGAUUCAUAAAGUGGAGAUUGAAGUAGUGAAUGCCCAAGAUCAGCCCAUGCUCGUUGACAUGUCGUUUGAAGACAGAAGCUCAGCCUAUCCAACAACUGCUGUAAUUCGAGACAACCGAGACCAAACAGCAGAUACUGGCGAGCAUCUUCCAGGCAUAGCAGCACAAUUCAAGCAAAGACCCAUGAUAGAUGUGUUGAAGGAACUAUUAGAGACAGAGUUGGAUCAAAAUGCUGGAUAUGAUCACAUGGAACUUGAUUAA